CUUGGCGCGCCACGGCUACCCGUCCCGUCAUCGGACACCGUCGCGCCGCCAGCCCGCCACCGCGCACGCCCGCAUCGCCUAUAAAUUCUUGCACCGAUCCGCACACACACGCACAAGCCAAACGUGCAGCUGAGGAAUCGCAACGGCAGUGACGUGUGCGCGUUGCCAAAUAAAGCUACUAUACUAGUCACCGCUCGAUUGCCGUCGCAGCCGCCCGCCGGCCGGAGAUGGGUGCGCCGGCGCUGUCGUCCGUCGUCGUGGUGGCCACGGCGGCAGUGGUUUGCCUGUGCGGGGCCUUUGCGCAGGCGCAGGACAUGGACAGCGAGUGGGCGCGGCCGGCCUACCGCGGGUUCUUCGGCGCCCCGGCCGGGUCGCUGCUGCCGCAGUCGGACGUGGACCUGCUGGAGUUCCCGCUGAACCUGGAGUACCUGGAGACGGAGUUCUUCUGCUGGUCCGCUCUGGGGUACGGCCUCGACGCCAUCGACGCCAACCUCACCGGCGGCGGGCCGCCCUCCAUCGGCGGCCAGUCCGCGUCCCUCACCCCGUUCAUCCGCGACGUGGCCACCCAGUUCUGUUACCAAGAAGUCGGGCACCUCAGGGCGAUCAAGCAGACGGUGAGGGGCUUCCCGAGGCCGUUGCUGGACAUCAGCGCGGCCAACUUCGGCAAGAUCAUCGAGCAAGCGCUGAACGCGACGCUGGACCCGCCCUUCGACCCCUACGAGAACAGCCUCAACUUCCUCGUCGCCUCCUACAUCAUCCCCUACGUCGGCCUCACCGGCUACGUCGGCGCCAACCCCAGGCUCCUCACCCCUCAGGCCAGAAAGCUGCUGGCGGGGCUGCUGGCGGUGGAGUCGGCGCAGGACGCGGUGAUCCGUACGCUGCUGUACGAGCGCGGGAUGGCGCGUGUGCCGAGCUAUGCCGGCGGGGUGGCGGAGAUCACGGCACGCAUCUCGGACCUCCGGAACUCGCUGGGGAGGAGGGGCGUGAAGGACGAGGGCCUGGUGGUGGCGCCCGAGCUGGGGCCCGAGGGGCUGACCGUGGGGAACAUCAUCGCCGGCGACCACCUGUCGCUCGCCUACGACCGCACGCCGGAGGAGAUCCUCGGCAUCGUGUACGGCACCGGUAACUCCGCCCAGCACGGCGGCUUCUUUCCCCAGGGCGCAGACGGCCGCAUCGCCAGGGGUCUCCUCGCGUAGCGCAUGGGUGAGUUGUGACCGUGCGCUGAGCAGUAUGAAUCCGUGCACGGCGCAGACUGUAGACUAGCUAGCAGUACUAUACUUGUUUGUGAGUUGGUAUGGUGUGGCCUUGAGUGCCUUGUGUAAACUGGGUGAUAUACAUGAAUGUAGGUGGAAACAAAUAAAGUAAAUAAUGGGUUGCUGCACUAUACGC